CUCAAGAGACUCUGCCUUACGUUGUGUUCCCUCAUCAAAGAACUGCAGACAGCUUCAAAUUGACUUUCUAAGCUGUAGAAAAACUCUGAGAGGAGGAAGAGCUAAGGUUUUGGAAACAGAGCGAGCGUUCCUGGCGUAAUCUUGAGAAGAAAAGUGGAAGUACGAGGGAGUGGAAAAUGAGCUUGAAGAGGCGCCGGUUGAUGAGCGCGAGGGAAAACCACGUCGAGGAGCCCGGCUCCUUUCCCGCUGUCCUCGGGCUUCAUCGACGGCCGCGCGGGGGCGGGCCCGGCCCGCAGGGCAGAGGAGCGGAGGGCCCCGAGCCCUGCACCUGCCUCCCAGCUCCGCCCCGGAGCCCGCCCCGCGCGGAGGCGCUGCCGACUCGGGCCGGGCCGCCCGGGGAGCGGAGCUGCUACCGGAGCUGCUGAGUCCGCUAUGGGUACGGCGUACGCGCGGAUGCGCUGCAUCAAGAUCUUGCUGUUUAUCUUCAAUCUGAGCUUCUGGCUGGCAGGAUUGGCUGUCAUUGCCUUUGGUCUGUGGCUGCGGUUUGGUGGGGCUAUGGCAGAGUUUGCUUCAGACAAAAGGUCUCCAGAGUAUUUCUUCAUAGGACUGUAUGUAUUGGUGGGAGCAGGGGCUCUUAUGACCACAGUUGGAUUCUUUGGGUGCUGUGGAGCAGCGCGGGAGUCUCAGUUCUUACUUGGAGCAUUCUUUGCUUGCUUGUUGGUGAUAUUUGCAGCUGAGAUCACUGCUGGAGUAUUUGCAUUUAUAGGCAAGAAAGUGGCAAUACAGGAAGCCCAGAAAAUCUAUGAAGACAUUUAUGACGAGUACAUGAAAAACCCAGGGAAGGUCAACAGAACCAUCUACCGCUACCACUUGGCCCUCCACUGCUGUGGUAAAGAUAAUUUGGAACAACAAGUGGGAUUACCUUGCCCGGAGAAAAUGCAGGUGCCAAAGAACUGCCUGGUUGAAAUCCAUAACGUAAUCGAUGCCAAUCUGCAUUUAGUUGGAAUUGUUGGAAUUGCGAUUGCUGGCACCACAAUCUUUGGCAUGAUAUUCAGCAUGGUUCUCUGCUGUGCUAUCCAUAACAUGAGAGAAAUGAUGUGAAACUGUCACUGCACAACUGUGUCCAGAAGCUUUAUGAGAAGCACUCUUCUACCCAGCUUAAUAAUUGUAAUGUAUUUUAAUUAGUGUUUUAACAUACUGAGAGGAAAAUAUCCCAUUAGGUGUGGAGGUGAAUUGUAUUAGUUACAGUAAAACUGAAGUGAACAAAAAAGGGUUUUAAAAUGUCCUUUUUAGUGAAAAGAGCCGAGAUGGCAUCUAAGACUAAUUUGAUUUUUAAUGUUUGUAUAUGUGCAAUUAAGAGCUUACAUAUCUAUAGGCAUUGUGUAAGUACAUGCGUUUCUCUCAUUACAGAUAUGUUUGCACAUUAGCAAGUAUCUCUGUAUGUAGUACCUUAUGUAGGUAAGUAUGUGCAAAUGGGAUAUGUUGUGUGUCCACAUUUGCAUGCAUAUUUUUCCAGUCUCACUAUGCAAGAGUGUGCACACACCCAUAGGUUGCUUGAAACACUUUCAUACCGAGCCCCCAUUUGCCAAGAACUGGCAGAGGAACAAAUGCCAUUUUAAAAAGACCCAACAUCCAUUUUGUAACUGUUCCAUCCAGACCCCAAAGAGAAAAUGUAUUUUGUUUUAAAUGACUUUAUUUUUAAAAAGGGGUCUGCUCUAGCACACUGCUUCCUGGGAGAUCUUCCAGAGCCCCUGGACGUGGUCCUGGACACGCUGCCCUGCGUGGCCCUGCUUGAGCAUGGUGCUUGGACCAGAGGGACCCAGAGGUCCCUUCCAACCUCAACCGUUCUGUGAUCUGUGACUUCAUUGGCAUGCACAGACUGGAGUUUUGUUUCUAUUUAAGUCCAGUUGCAUUUUCAUGCAAGUACAGAAAGCUCUGUGGGAGGAAACAGUCCAAGGAGAUCCGGGCUAAACAAAGGGAGGGAAAGAGGGGAAGAGGUAGGAAGCUGGCAAGAUUCAGUGGUUUGGGAGCGACUGUAACGCACAGUGUGGUUAACUUCCCAAGCUAGCCUGAGACAAAAACCAAAACCAAACAACCAAAACCUCUAUGUGUUAAAGGGGCCACUAAAAUCUUUAUUCAGAAGUCCCUUUAUGCUGUAAGACUCUAUGAUCUAUCAUGCUGGUGCAGGAGUAGAACCUACAUUAAGAAAAGUAGCAGCCUUUGUCAGGUACCCUGUAGAACAUAACUGGUCUGUAGAAUCCAAAUGAGGAGAAAAAAUGGUCAGGGAAAAACACACAGCACUUUAAUAUCCUCUGGUUUUGCUUCUGUGACUAUCACAGCUUCCUGGGGGCUCCUACCUCAACCUCCCACCCCUUCCUGCAGGUGUAAGGCAGAAAAGAAAGAUGAGACUUUUUCUUUAAAAAUAAAUAAAAAUAAAUAAAAAACCAGAAGAACAGAGCCAUCAAGUAAAUUUUCUUACUGGCAUUUGUAGAUUGCAUGUCAGGUAUAAAAAAAUAGUGUUCUUGAAAUACCUCAGGGCUUGCAUUUGCAUCAUUUGUUUCUAUAUUGUUAUUUUUAUAUUCUUCAUGCUUAUUUAUGAGAGUGUUCCUUUUAAAGCAGCCUAGAAGGGAGAAAGCUUAUUCCCAGAAAGAGCAAAUAAAUUACAGCAAGGGCUCCAAAUCUCUUAGUUUUUGGCUUACUGCAGUUAAUGUAGCAUUUCAAAGAAUAACUUCCUCCUAGCAAUAUCCAUGUAUCAGCUCUGACCCUUUAACUAUUACUAGUUCUUAUGCAGUUGUUCCUUUUUAAGAGAAUAGGUAUAGCAGAGUUCAGUUACAUUAAGUAUCUCAGUGAAAUGCUCCAUGAUGCCUAACGAGACUUGGCGUUUACAAGUCAUUUAUCUCACUGAAACAUGAUGGCACUUCAGGUAAUAUGUGCAGUCCAGUGCACGUGUUUGUGUGUAAUACACAUCCCUCACGAUGCUUUUCUCUCAUUUCCAACAGAACCUCCAACUUCUGUCACUUUUCUGUUACUUCAGUAUUGGAAAUGGUGCUGCUGUUCCAUGUUUCCCACUUAAUUGACACACCUUGCUGGCUUUUACAUGGAUGCCGCUUUCCAAAUUGUUCAGCCACGAUCUGUAACCAUCCAGUGACACUGAUGCUGUUGUGCACUUGUAGGGGAACCAUUAGGUCAGGGCUUGAGCUGGUGAUUGUAGCACCUGGUGAAGGGGUGCUGUUGGCCCAAGGAGCACAUUGCUUGCACCUGUGCUCUCCCACCUGCCCAGAAGGGCUGGAACCAGGGCAGAGCCACCCUGGGCUCAUAUAAGGGGCAGCCUCUGAAGGGAGAGCAUCUCUUGGACCUAGGCUGCUUUGUGAGAUGGAGUGCUGUAUGGUCAGAGAGCCCCUUCACCAGCUGGGUGAGUUCAGAGCUUCUUUCUGUAUUAUAUGACAUUGGCCUCCCUGUGAAUACUUUGUCUGGUAUUGCCCUGAGCCACUCAGAAGCUAUUUUGCUUUUUUUUUUUUUUUUUUUUUUGUGAGCAGAACAGCACUAAACAAGAGCUGUGGUAACAGCUGCGUGCUCAGCAAGCACUGACAGCUGAGCAGCUUCCAGGCUUAACUUCAGGUCCCCAUUUGACAGGGAGGUAUUGCAUCAUGGACCAGUGAGCUCCUCUCUUGUUCCAGCUCUUAAUGGUGCAAAACCUUUGUUCUUUACUGCCAGUACAGAAUAACUUCCAAGCAACUACAUUGUGUAUCCUCAGUAAGAAAGCUUUCCAGAGGUAACUGACUUGAAGUCAGUGCCUAAGCUUCCUCAAAUACAGCUCAUGCUCCAAAGCUGCAUGUCAGGGUUUAAUUAAUCAACUUCUGCUCCAGGUAUGUACUCAGUGCCACAGAAGUCAGCAGGUGUACUCAUCUAGUCCUGUCCUUGGUGACUGUCUCAAAGGAAAGUGGCAAAGCACCAAAGCCUUCUGGGGAUAACUCUGAAAGCACAACACAUCUCCUUGCUAUCCAGUCAACUGCUUUGUUCUCAAGUAUAAAACUGUAAAUAGUUAAUUCCUUUGUUAUUUCUUUGAAGAUAUUGUUCAUCAUUCCCUUGUCUGGUUCUCCUGGGUAACUGACUCCAGUGGGAGCUGCGUGUGUUACAAACCAACCUCAGCCAGUGUUAGCAUCUUGCAGAGGCUGAGCAGGAGCUGAUUGAUCCCUACAAGAAGGAUUCAUGUUUCACUUUAUCCUGAAAGUGAUAGUUUUAUUGCAAAACCUAUUUCAUGUGUAUUGAGAAGGAAAUGGGGUUGUCUUAAGCCUCCAAAUGCUCUUACAGCCUUCAGAGGCUGAUUAACAGCAUCAGGUGCUGUUUGUAGGGCACCUACACAAACAGAACUCGCCAACCUCACUUCUGUUGGUGCUCCAGCCUCCACUGGGUUCUCCAAAACACAAACUGCUUCCAAUGUGACAUUUGUUUCUACGGCACAAAUUCUGAUUUGUGGCAGAAAGGGGAUAUCUGUUUUUGGAUGCCAUGUCUGUAGCAGCAUUAUCUCUAUCACAGCCCUCUGUGCGAAAUGAGAAGGAAAUGGGCCGAUGUUUAUUCUGUUGCUGAAGGCAGCUUUCACUUCCCUUUGGUUUAAUGUGUACUAAAGUGGAAAUGUGUUGGUCUUAUUGUCUCAAAUUUGAAACAACUUUCUAAUAAAAAUAACCAGCAAUACAAGACUCUCAAA